CGCCCCCUCCCCCUCUGGUGACAGAAAGUCGGCCCAGCAGAUGAGGAAGUGGCCGGCAGGCUGGCCGUGGGGACUUCUCUCUGGCCCUGUUCCCUCCGAGCCCUCCACUGCUGUCCAUCUGGCCUCCACUGAAUCCUUAAUCAGGAUGGAGGCUGUUGUGAAUUUGUACCAUGAGUUGAUGAAGCAUGCAGAUCCCCGGAUCCAGAACUAUCCUCUGAUGGGGUCCCCCUUGCUAGUGACCUCCAUCCUCCUGACCUACGUGUACUUUGUCCUCUCACUUGGGCCUCGUAUCAUGGCCAAUCGGAAGCCCUUCCAACUCCGUGGCUUCAUGAUUGUCUACAACUUCUCACUGGUGGCACUCUCCCUCUACAUUGUCUAUGAGUUCCUUAUGUCUGGCUGGCUGAGUACCUAUACCUGGCGCUGUGACCCCGUGGAUUUUUCCAAUAGCCCAGAGGCACUUAGGAUGGUUCGAGUGGCCUGGCUCUUUCUAUUCUCCAAAUUCAUUGAGCUGAUGGACACAGUGAUCUUUAUUCUCCGAAAGAAGGAUGGACAGGUGACCUUCCUACAUGUCUUCCAUCACUCAGUGCUUCCCUGGAGCUGGUGGUGGGGGAUAAAGAUUGCUCCAGGAGGAAUGGGCUCUUUCCAUGCCAUGAUAAACUCUUCUGUACAUGUUGUAAUGUACCUGUACUAUGGACUGUCUGCCCUUGGCCCUGUGGCUCAGCCCUACCUUUGGUGGAAAAAACACAUGACAGCCAUUCAACUGAUCCAGUUUGUCCUGGUCUCCCUGCACAUUACCCAGUACUACUUCAUGCCCAACUGCAACUACCAGUACCCAGUCAUCAUCCACCUCAUCUGGAUGUAUGGCACCAUCUUCUUUGUGCUGUUCUCCAAUUUCUGGUAUCACUCUUAUACCAAGGGCAAGCGGCUUCCUCGUGCACCUCAGCAAAAUGGAGCUCCAGGUAUUGCCAAGGUCAAGGCCAACUGAGAAGCAUGGCCUAGAUAGGCGCCCACCUAAGUGCCUCAGGACUGCACCUUGGGCAGCAUCCAUGUGUUCUCUCCACCUACACCGGUGACCAGGGCUCAUGUGGUCAGGACUGAGUAGGGAGGGGGACUGGCCCUGCCUUCCCCACAUCUGGUCUAGAGAGACCAUCUCUUCCGUUCCUCACCCACUUCUCCCAGCCAGCUCCAGGGAUGUGGCCUCACUGCCCUCUGCCACCUGAGCUGGGGGCUGAAAGGGCUGGACACUUGCUUCUCCCUCCCUGCCUUAAACUUGGGAGAGGAACACUCAGGGCUGGCCCCUACCAGGGUCUUGUGGCCUUUUUCCUCACACAGGAGAGGUCAGCAAUAAUCUGUCACUAUGGACUCAGGCUCCCUCCUCCAUCCCACACUGAAGCAGGAGCUUCUGGGCCAAAGGUCAGGGUGGGCAGUGGGCCUGGCAAUACAGCCUGUGGACACUGUGUAUUCACUGUCUUAUUAAAGUGACAGAAGAAAACA